GGAAUCCGGCGAGGACGGACGCCGUGAAAGUGAAACAAACACGGCGUGAGCAGACGCGCCCGGGGCGGGCUCAUACCAUGCUCUGGCCGAUUGGCUCCGCCUCCGCCGGCGGCCUCGGCUACUAGCUACAAGCCUACAAAUAACGCCCCGCGGCUCGCUCGGCGCCCGGAACGCACGCGCGCACAACAGCGACGUCGCGCGGGCAUCCAGCACCCAGCAGCAGCAGCCAUGUCGACGGAGCCCCUCCUCUCCGGCGGCGGCGCGAAGGCGAAGGGGCGGCGGCGCGUGGGCAUCGACGAGGCGCUGUCGGCGCACGCGGGGGAGUUCGGGCGGUGGCAGCUGCGGCACUUCGUGCUGGUGUCGGCGGCGUGGGCGCUGGAGGCGCUGCACACCAUGGUGAUCAUCUUCGCGGACCGGGAGCCCGCCAUGGCCUGCGCCGCCGGCGCUGGGGCCGGCUGCGGGGACCGGUGCGCGGGCGCCGCGGCCGGGUGGGAGUGGGCCGACGGCGCCGCGUCGUCGACCGUCGCCGAGUGGGGGCUCGUCUGCGGCGAGCGGUACAAGGUCGGCCUCGCCCAGGCCGUCUUCUUCGCCGGCUGCAUGAUCGGCGCCGGCGUGUUCGGGCACCUGUCGGACUCGUUCCUGGGCCGGAAGGGGUCGCUGCAGGUGGUGUGCGUCCUCAACGCCGCCUUCGGCCUGCUCACCGCGCUGGCGCCCAACUACUGGGCCUACGCCGCGCUGCGCCUCCUCACGGGCUUCAGCACCGGCAGCGUCGGCGUCCUCGCCUUCGUCCUCGCCACCGAGCCCGUCGGGCCCUCCCGCCGCGGCGCCGCGGGCAUGUCCACCUUCUACUUCUUCUCCGGCGGCAUCGCCGCGCUCGCCGGCCUCGCCGCGCUCUUCCCGCGCUCCUGGCGGGCGCUCUACGUCGUCACCUCGCUCCCGUCGCUCGCCUUCGCCGCCGCCGUCGUGCCGUUCGUCUCCGAGUCCCCGCGGUGGUACCUCGUGCGCCGCCGGGCCGACGACGCCAUGCGCGUCGUCCGCGCCAUCGCGGCCGCCAACGGCAGGACCGUCCCCGACGACGUCUCCCUCAAACUCGACGACGAGGACGAGGAAGGGAAGAGCGUCGGCGUCGACGGCUCGGCGGACUCCUCCUCCUCCUCGUCCGGCUCCAUCGUCGACGUGCUCCGGUCGCGGACCACGCGGGUCCGCCUCGUGCUCUCGGUGCUCAUCAACCUCCUCUCGUCGGUGGUGUACUACGGCCUCAGCCUCAACGUCGUCAACCUCAAGACCAACCUCUACGUCAGCGUCGUCGCCAACUCGUUCGCCGAGAUGCCCGCCUACCUGCUCACCGCGCUGCUCCUCGACCGUUUCGGGCGGAAGCCGCUCGCCAUCGGCACCAUGCUGCUUGCCGGCGUCUUCUGCACCGCCGGGAGCCUCAUCGCCGGCGCAGGCAUCAUGAGGGUGGUGCGGAUGGCGUGCGGCGUGGUGGGCAUCUUCGGCGUGGCGGCGACUUACAACCUGCUGUUCAUCUACACGGCGGAGCUGUUCCCGACGGUGGUGCGGAACGCGGCGCUGGGGUGCACGGCGCAGGCGGCGCAGAUGGGCGCCAUCGUGGCGCCGCUGGUGGUGGUGCUCGGGGAGAGGCUGCCGUUCGCGGUGUUCGGCGCGUCGGGCAUCGCCGGCGGGCUGCUGAUCUUCUACCUGCCGGAGACCAUGAACAAGCCCCUGUACGACACCAUGGCCGGGCUGGAGGAAGGGGAGAAGACGACCCUUCUGGGGUGACUGAGUGGAGACGACGCUUAGAUCAACUGCGGUCGUUUGGAAUGAAGCUAGAAACGAUCUUUCGAUCUUCUUGUAAUUUCGUGUUGCUGAAGGAGUGAAAGUUGUCGUCCACGUCGUAAGGUGAGUUUUACGCGAAGCUGCAUUGGUCAGAUCGAAUGUACAUUUCCACAGCCCAGUUUACUGAUCCUGUGACUUAGUGAUCUUUAGUUCUGUUCAUGCUUGGAGAGAUCAGCAUGGAGGUUGUAUAUAUGCACGUGUUGUUUU